AAGUGUGAGGUCAUUUCCUGUCCAUCCUUGAGUGUCCUUUAUCACAACAGAAGAUUUCCUGUCUCACAUGGGAAUCUGUCACAUGGUGGGUAGUGUGGUAUCAAUACUCAACGGACACGAGCAUUGGGAAAGGCUUUGCUGCAUUGAGGACAGUUACUGUGCCAGAAAGGAUCAGUGCACCUCUGAGGAAGGCAACACCCAACUGCUGCCAUGAGGAACACAGUCCUGGUGGUGUGGACGUGUCUGUGGGCUGGCCAGUGUUUAUGUCAUUGGUUCCCACCCCAGCCUGCUGAUCCCAGCCCACCUCCUCACACCUGGAGGCCUUCAUAUCAACACAAUGUUAUCUCACAGACGCCUUCAACUCAACAUAGUGUUACCACACAUAUGCAUUCACUCCCAAAUAAUACACCAAUGAGAAGAAGAACAUCACCAAAACCAAUUCCUCAUCCUGUCCCUGGUAUAACGGACAGCACUCAUCAUAAUGCAGAGAACAUUUUCCAGCCUGUGACCAUGGAUAACACCAACAAAGUGCCCCAUACAACCUCUAGAAACUAUACGAGGGAACACAGAGUUACUUCGUCUGUGCUGCCACCCAUCACCACAACCAAGACACCCAUACACACUACACGUGAACACUUCUCUACCGUUGAUGAUUUCACAACAGAUGAGGAAAGCCGAGAAGGCCCCAAAGAGGACCCACACUCAAACCAUAAUCAUGAGUCCUACACAAGGUCUUCCAUCUCAUUUAUGCCAGCUCCUGAGGACACACCUAUGGACCUGGCUAGCAGCCUCUUUACUCCACAAGACUCUCCAGCUACAGAAAAUACUGAAGGAGCAGGACGGGAGGGUCAUGGACGAGUCACAACACGUCCCAAUGACCUGUGCUCCUAUUGCCUAUGUGAUGCUGUAAAGAAGAACGUGUACUGCCAGCAUGAACACACCAACCAUGAAACAAUACAUGAGCUGCUUCUGGACGAUCAAAUCAUCCCACGCUCAGCUGUGACGCUGCGUGUGGCUGGCUUUGAGAGAGUGGUUGUCAAGAGCAACACUUUCUCCAAGGAGGAUCUUAGAUUGCGUAAAAUUAUCUUUGAGGGCAUCAAACACUUGGAACUUGUGACCCACUCCCUUCGCUUCAAUGAAAAAGCCAAACAAAACAUGGAGGUGGCCAUACUGUUCAACAACUGCUACAUCCCUAACCUGCCACUGCAGACGCUCACCCAGCUGACCCGCAGUGAUGACCCUAAGCAAGACAUCAACCUGGAGGAGACUCGCUUUCUCACCCUCAAGUUUGAAGGGUGCAAUAUUGGAACAAUGCACAGCUAUGCUCUCUUCAACGCCAGGAUAAUCCACUUCAACAUGACUGGGACUAAGGUGGAGAUGAUGGAGGAGAACAGCGUGCACCUUGACAGCUAUGAUGGCUGGAUCAUUGAGAAGAGUCAACUGCCAAACCUGGUACAGAAGUCUAUUUGCCUCCGGCCCCAGAACUAUGUGAUAUUCUCUCACAACACCUUCCUGGGCCUUGGAAACAGGUCCCUGGACAUUCUCUCUUCCAGCCAGGUUAGGUUUGAAUUUAAUGAAGUGUUACAUUUACGGUCUGGGGCACUGCUGGGCAUCAGGCCACACAAGGAAGCACAGGCUGUAAACAUUGUUUUCCUCAACAACACCAUUGUGGAGGCUGAUGAGCAUUCCCUCCUCACCAGCAUGCAGUAUCCCAUGCACGAGCGCACAAUCAUCAACAACAAGUUCAACAUUCCCUGCGAUUGCAAUGUGAUAACAACCUUUAAAAAACUCCUGGGUAUAAACAGUUCCAGUGGCCAUGAAAGCCUUGAAAUAUUUGAGACGGUGAUAAAAAAGUCUCUCUGCCAUGUAAGUGCAAGUACAAGAUCCUAUGCUUUGGUAUACAAAUACAAGACUCGGAACUGCACCCUGCCCAUCACAAUGAUUGUGGCCGGCACCUGCAUGGGCGUGGCUAUCCUUCUCUUAGUGAUAGUGUCUGUCAUCUGUAGCAGGCGGGUAAAGAAGGCCCGUGAGGAAGCUAACUACCUUGGGGAAUGCUGCUUCUCUCAGAGCUUCUCCACCCUGCACUCCAACACCCAUGUCCCCAUGUCCCCAAUGAAUGGCCAUUCCAACCAGUCUUGGGAGCCAACCACUCCCCUCCAGCCUUGGGUGGUGGCUGUGCCAGAGGUCAAAACUUAUAAGGAGACUGAGCUCAAUGUAUCCUUUGAACACACUGAGCCCAUGAAGGUCAGCCUCCGGGACAGCUUCUGCCCUGAGCCAGGGCCACUCCUGGACCUCCAACGCAAUACACAGAGCAUGACUACAAGCAAAUUAUUUCACAGCACAAGAGAGAUCACAAUAAAGAACUGCAAUCACUUAGCAGUAACUCAUGGGAGCUUCAAAUCUGGACCCCUAACAGUCAUUUUCCAAAACAUACAAAAACUGAGCCUGGCUGCUGGCUCAUUUGAAGUGGGCAACAAUGGCCGCAUCAACAUUACAAUCUCCAACUCUACGCUCAGUGAAAUUCCCUCUGACAUGUUCAACACGACCCAUCCAAUAGUGCGGGAGCCCAGCCGUCCUUCAGGUGUUGCCUCAGCCACACAUGAAUUGGUGUUCCAUGUGGCUGGCAGCGAGAUUGGCAGGAUAGCACCAAGAGCAUUUGCCAGAUGUACAUUGCACAGACUAACCAUCACCAACACUACUCUUAGCCAUGUAGACACAGGAGCCAUUCAUAACCAAGUGCAGGAUGCCAUCAGUUUCAUCAACAAUACCUUUGUGUCACUGGGGAAACAAGCAGUGGCUUUCUUCAGCUCCCACACAAACACAAAACUGAGACUCGAUGGUAAUAUAUUUCAAGGCAAUGUCCCUUUGUUCCUGGAGGGAAACAUUACAGGAGAUGUUGACAUCAACAACAACAGCUUUCCCAGGCUAGAGAGUUCACCCUGGAAACUGAGGGUACAGGGUGAUGUCUUGCUUAAAGGCAACACCUUUGCUUCCCUUCCUCGCCAUGGACUGGAUUUCACUGUCCAUCACCGCAUCAGUCUGGUUGAAAACAACAUCCAACAUCUUGGACCCGAAGCCUUCCUACUCAUCAUACCCCAAGGGAAGAAAACCAUCCUCUUCAUGGAUGGUAAUCUGAUUCACCAGCUGGAGCCAAUGUCCCUCUGCCUCAAUGAAGCUUUCUCCCCAAAUUCUAUUUUCAUCAAGCACGCCAGAUUCCAACAGAAGUGUGAGUGCAACAUUACUGCAACUCUCUCUCAAGCACUUGACAUAAAAGACCUCACAAUACAAGCAAUUUAUGAAAAUGGAGUGCAAGAGCAAUGGUUUAAGAACGGAGAGUGUGUUCUGAAGUCUCAAGGCAUUAGCCACAUCUUCAUUGACCAGUUCCUCAUCCACUCCUGCCUUCCUCACAACGAUACUACCAAGGACUCUGCCAGGGUAAUCCUAAUUGUCAUCGCCUCAGUACUGGUGACCAUAGCGCUUUGUGUUAUUGUGGCCUGGAGGCGCAUGAGAAGUACAGCCUCCACUGUCAGUUCCUCAGCUGCUGGUUAUCAAUCCUAUACUGAACCCUGUCCACCCAACACAGCUCCUAGCGCAUGGCUGGCAGUGCAGCCCGAGAAUCGGACCUAUCAAGAGGUUGAAAUACACGUUGUUUUUGACAAGGCUCAGGAAAUAAAUGACCUGGAUGAUGCAGAGAUCAACAAGGAGGAGAAAGACAGUGACAAAACCAAAGAUAUCAAGAGGACUCCAUCUCCUUCAACUCGGCAGUCAUGUCCAGUUAUGCCCACGAGCAAGUCAUAACAUAUGUGUGUGUUGACGGUAACUAUUUAUGACUCCCCAUGACUGAUGCCUUGGCUUACUUAGUGGAAGGCUAUAUCCAUGAAGCAUUCCCCUGCCCUCAUGGCACCCUCCACAAAGGCAUGCCAAAGAUAAAAAUGAAGAGCCUGGUAAGGUGUGUAUUAUGAGGUCUGUUGCAUUUGGAUUGGUUAGAUGUUUGCAAUUUUGCUUGAGGAUUUCCACAUGUAAAUCAUCCUCUGGUGCCACACUACAUGUUGGAAAAUGAUCACUUGUACAAAAUACUACUGCACUUUGCUGACAUGUGAAGAGGAUGUAUGAUGGGGAAAAAAUAAGGCUUGAUAAACAAACACAAAAUACAUGAGGGCAAUAUGAUGCUAAUCCCAUUUCCCUCAGAACUAAUUUUCUUUCCUUUCCCUUUUUUCUCUCCUUUCAUGCUCACAUCAAAAUGAAUGGUGAUGCUUGAACUUUAACUUAAUAUUAUUUCAACCAUUGCUAACACACUCAAGUCACAUUUCAACCUACUUUCAAGACAUUAACUACAAAGAUAGUGUAUGCUGUUCAUGUAUGUGGCCUGCUACACCAUGCUGAAGUUCCUGGCAUGUAGUGUGGUAGUUCCACCAAGAAUAAUGGGACAAAGGGUGUGAAUAUUGUGUGGUGCUUUGGACCACCACAUGUGGAUUUGCUGGCCUGGCAUACUACAGAUAAAUGGAUAGGCAAAGCUAAUCACUUAAUUUUUUUCUGUAAGAAAGCCUACUGCUGCCACAUUUUUUUUUUUGUGCACUACUUCAGACAGGAAGAAGAAUAAACAGUAGUAAUAUGA